GAGGGCUGUGGGUACGCAGGAGACCGGUAGUCGCAGGUCAGUGCACCUCUUCCUCCCUGAUCGAGGUGGUUGGUGGUGUUCGUGGAGGUCGGUGGACCUCUUCCUCCCCGAGGUGGUUGGCGGUGCUCAUGGAGUCGGCGGGGAUCAGAAUCGAUGUUGCCGACGGUGCAGGUGAGGUGUUCGAUAAAAUGCUCUUCCGGCCGAGCGGAGGGGUCGAUGGCGCCUUAGGCGGGGUCAAGCUGCAUCCUGCAUCGAGGUACAUUGCUCUAGGCCGGCCAGGGCCGGUCAUCAAAAUUACCAUUGCCUGUACACUGGGAACCUUCAGCGAGGCCUUCCACCGAACCCGGAUGGCACGGUGUGACCACUGACCUGACCAACAGUGGCCAAAGUUGGGCGCGAGUUUGAGUUUCCACAUAAAACACAAGGUUGUCGCAUCACUGAUUGUGUGCCACACUCGUUUCCCCUUCCUUUCCAAGUCAUAGACUUUUCCUUGCCCAAGAGACACGUUUGAGCUCAAGUUUAACAAAACAUUACUGUAGAAUGAGGACGGUACUAAAUCAGCUAGCACUAGACGGGCAAAACAUGCUCAUAAAUAUUGAUUAGUACUGGUCUAUAUGACUAUAUCCGUGCAAUACUGUACCUGACCUGGUCGACGUUGAAGUCAACUGACAAGAUCAAAGUUUUUCUGCUUAUUAAGAUAUGACCAAAGGCAACUACUGUAGUCAGAGUGACUCGUCUAGCUGGUGCCCUACUAGCUCAGAAUGGACGUUGAACUUGAAGUCAAGUAACAAGACCCAGCAUUUAUUUCUUCUACAUAAGAAGAGUUCGAUUCAUAACCAAGCAUACGUCUAGCUAAUUCAUAACAGCUCAUGCUUAAGUUGCAGGAGAAGAUGAUCCUUCUCCUUCCCUCCAUUCCUUCCCCACAAGCAAAGCUCCUCCUGCCAAUACUACUUGUACAGAUGGCACUUCAGCUCCUCGUGGCAAAGGUUGCCACCGCUGGUCCAGUAGCCUUGCCCGGCUGCCUGGAGGCCUGCGGCAACGUCACCGUCCCCUACCCUUUUGGCUUCCGGCAAGGCUGCUUUCACAAGGGCUUCAAACUCACCUGUGAUGAGACACGCCACCCUCCGAAGCUGCUCCUGAGCGACGGCGUGGAAGUGGAUGCCAUAUCCCUCUCGGGCGGCAAGGUGCGUGUCCAGAGCAUGAUUGUGAGGCCUUACAGAAACAUGACGCGGCCGCAAUCUCUCGGCUUUGGCGUCGCCUGGCCCGACGCCGCCUGGCCCGAUUUGAAUACUGGAGUGCGACUGGCGGUGUCAAUCAAGCACAACGUCUUAGUGGCCAUCGGGUGCAACCUCGUCGUCAACCUCGUCGGCCAAGAAACAGUUUUUAAUGGCAAUGCAAACGGGGAUAUCUAUAAUCAGUAUGUAAGCGCAUGCGCUGCGCUGUGUAACUAUGAUGGGACGGAUUCAAGUGAGACCUGCUCAGGCUUCGGCUGCUGCCAGACGACCAUCUCGCAGAGUUUUGCUGCGUACGGUGUGCAGUUCAAGCAGUUGGACAACAGUCCGUCCGGGGUUGCGUUCAUAGUCGAUCGCGAUUGGUUCAACAGGAUCAACGUCAGAGCCAUACAAAAUAGUACCACAUUUCAUGAUUUUAGCGUGCCCACGGUGCUGGAAUGGUGGCUGGAUGUGGAAGGCGAUCGUGACUUGCUCGUGAGGGAUCUCCGUUCUGGGUCUGGUUGGAGAUGCAUAAGCUUGAACAGCCUCGCUCUCAAUGUUAGCGAUCACUACGGUGCAGUAAGUUGCAACUGCUCGUAUGGAUACGAAGGCAAUCCUCACAUCGUUAAUGGAUGCCAAGAUAUCGACGAGUGCCUACAGCCUGAUGUUUAUCCAUGCGACGGAACCUGCACCAAUAUGCCAGGGACACACCGAUGUACACCAAAAAAAAGUGCCAGCCGCCUUCCAGGUUUGAUUGCUGUAAUUGCAAUUAGUGCUGGUUCUGGCAUAGUGCUUUCUCUUCUGGGUAUUUCCAAAAUCACCAAUAAAUUUAAGCAAAGAAGAGCCAAGAAUUUGAGACGAAAUUUCUUCAAGAAAAAUCAUGGAUUACUUCUACAACAACUAAUCUCUUCAAAUCAAGAUAUGGCAGAAAGAAUGAGGAUUUUCAGCUUGGAAGAGCUGGACCAAGCAACCAACAAAUUUGACCAUACUCGCAUCCUUGGUGGUGGUGGCCAUGGCACAGUGUAUAAAGGCAUCUUAUCUGAUCAGCGUAUUGUUGCCAUUAAGAAGGCCAAAAUUGUCGUUCAAAGGGAAAUCGACCAUUUUAUCAAUGAGGUUGUCAUACUUUCACAGACAAACCAUAGGAAUGUGGUGAAGCUCUUUGGCUGCUGCCUAGAGACAGAGGUUCCUCUACUUGUUUAUGAGUUCAUAUCGAAUGGAACUCUCUCAUUUCAUCUCCAUGGCCAAAGUGAGAACCCGUUAUCAUGGAAAGAUAGGUUGAGGAUUGCACUGGAAACUGCAAGAGCCAUUGCAUAUCUACACUCUGCUGCUUCAAUAUCAGUAUACCACAGAGAUAUCAAAUGUGCAAAUAUACUCCUUACUGAUACUUUAACAUCAAAAGUAUCAGAUUUUGGAGCUUCAAGGUCUAUUGCAAUAGAUGAGACAGGAAUAGUUACAGCUGUCCAAGGAACCCAUGGUUACCUUGAUCCUGAAUACUACUACACUAGUCGACUAACGGAGAAAAGCGAUGUUUACAGCUUUGGUGUCAUCCUAGCAGAGUUACUGACAAGGGUGACACCAGUUUUUGCUUCCCAUUCGUCAGAAGUCACAAGCCUAGCAUCACAUUUCGUGUCUCUUAUAAGGGACAAUCGAUUAUUAGAUAUUCUGGAUACACAAAUUGUUGAGGAGGGAGGGGCUGAAGGUGCUGAGGUGGUCGCAAGACUCGCAAAAGCAUGCUUAAGUUUAAAAGGUGAAGAAAGGCCCACAAUGAGACAAGUGGAGACAACACUUGAGGAUGUUCAGAACUCAACAGUCAAUCUUAGUUCUCAGAUCACAAGAGUGAACCGGAAUGCUGUAAAUGAUCGGUCAUACAAGGGAUGCAAAGGCAGCGAAGUAACCAGAGUAUACAGCUUGGAAAAAGAGUUCAUCCAAUCAUCUGAAAUCCCAAGAUGAUUUUACUUACAUUGUGAAGUGUUAUUGCUAUUAUUAGUACGGGUGCCAAUUGGGAACUCUGAAUUAUAACCAUGUAUGUAGUUCAUAUACUACUGGGCCAUGUAUAAUUCUGCAUGUGAAUGUAAAUAAAUUUAUUCUGGGUACACCGUUUAGUGUUAAAACAUCUAGUUCUUGACACCGAGUUUCAAAAGCUUUUGAGAAUAUAUGUUCACAGGUAUCUAUGAAUGUACAUUCUGUAAA